UUUGGUUUUCUGGUCUGGCGCACGGCGAACGUUGUUCUGGGUUCUAAGUUUCUGCCCAACAACAACAACAACUCUCUACUUGAGCUAUUCUAUUAUCAACUUUAUCCACCUAAACUGUCUAUAGGUUUUAAACUUAAAAUUUAGGCAUUAUGUUCAAAUCACUUUUCGAAGCUGCGCAGAACUCAACGUUCAAGUCGCCAUUCACCAGCGUUAACUGCCAGGCUGCAACAAACUCGCCAACAACUUUGACCACCAGUGGCAGCGAUGUAGCUCCUCGGCAGCUGGCCCCAAACCAUAACUUUGCAGCCGCAGCGGUCGCACAAGGGGAUUCCUGUGAAUUCGGCUCGAACAAGUAUUUCUUGCUGUGUGGUUUGGGUGGCAUUAUUUCCUGUGGCUCUACACACACAAUGGUCGUGCCGCUGGAUUUGGUGAAGUGCCGUCUGCAAGUGGAUCCGGCAAAGUACAAGAGCGUUGUUAACGGCUUCCGCAUUAGUUUGGCCGAGGAAGGCAUUAGGGGUUUAGCAAAGGGCUGGGCACCCACCUUUAUUGGAUACUCUAUGCAGGGUCUGUGCAAGUUCGGUCUGUAUGAGGUUUUCAAAGUGAUUUACUCCGAUGCCAUUGGCGAGGAAAAUGCCUUCCUGUAUAGAACCGGUCUCUAUCUGGCCGCCUCGGCCUCGGCUGAGUUCUUCGCCGACAUUGCACUGGCGCCAAUGGAGGCGGCCAAGGUGAAGAUACAGACGACACCCGGAUUUGCGAAAACUUUACGUGAGGCCCUGCCCAAGAUGACGGCCCAGGAGGGCAUUUCGGCAUUCUACAAGGGUCUAGUGCCAUUGUGGAUGCGUCAAAUUCCAUACACGAUGAUGAAGUUUGCCUGCUUUGAGCGCACGCUUGAGCUGCUGUAUAAAUAUGUGGUACCCAAGCCACGAGCUGAUUGUACCAAGGGUGAACAGCUGAUUGUCACAUUCGCCGCGGGUUACAUAGCUGGUGUCUUCUGUGCCAUUGUUUCCCAUCCAGCCGAUACUGUGGUGUCCAAACUGAACCAGGCUAAGGGUGCUUCAGCCAUAGAUGUUGCCAAGCAACUCGGUUGGUCGGGUCUGUGGGGUGGUCUGGUGCCUAGGAUUGUCAUGAUUGGCACAUUGACUGCGGCACAGUGGUUCAUCUACGAUGCAGUGAAAGUGUUCCUGCGCAUGCCACGUCCACCACCACCAGAGAUGCCCGAGUCCCUGAAGAAGAAGCUGGGAGUAACUGGUGCGCAGUAAGCGGUAGAAGUUAACCUGUUUAAAUUUAGUGCCAUAUGCGAUCAAAUUGCCUUAUCAAUUCAUUCAAAUUGUAUAAAUAACGAUUAGAAAAAUAAAAACUAUAAAACUCAAA